GCCGGACAGCAGCGGGGGCCGACGCGGGGCUCGCAGCUAAGGGGCGAGGAGGAGGGACCAUGGCCGCAUCCAGUAACUCCAGUUUGUCCGGCUCGUCGGUUUCCUCCGAUGCUGAAGAAUACCAGCCUCCAAUAUGGAAAUCAUACUUGUAUCAAUUGCAACAAGAGGCACCACGUCCCAAGAGAAUCAUCUGUCCUCGGGAGGUGGAGAACAGGCCAAAGUAUUAUGGAAGAGAGUUCCACGGGAUCAUUUCUCGGGAGCAAGCAGAUGAAAUACUUGCUGGUGUAGAAGGAGCGUAUAUUCUUAGAGAAAGCCAGCGGCAACCCGGCUGCUACACCCUUGCUCUCAGAUUUGGUAAUCAGACCUUAAACUACAGGUUGUUCUACGAUGGGAAGCACUUUGUUGGGGAGAAGAGAUUUGAAUCAAUCCAUGAUCUGGUUACAGAUGGCUUGAUAACAUUGUACAUAGAAACAAAGGCUUCUGAGUAUAUUUCCAAAAUGACAACAAACCCCAUAUAUGAGCACAUUGGAUAUGCCACUUUGCUUAGAGAAAAAGUGUCCCGGAGGCUGAGCAGAACAAAAAAUGAAUCAAGAAAAGCAAGUGUAACAAGUGAAGAAAAUACUCCUGUUGAAAAGAUCACCUCCCUGGUCAGAAGAGCAGCCUUAACUCAGAACGACAACCACUUCAACUAUGAAAAAGCACACAAUUUUAAGGUCCAUACGUUUCGGGGUCCGCACUGGUGUGAGUACUGCGCCAACUUCAUGUGGGGUCUCAUCGCUCAGGGAGUGCGGUGUUCAGACUGCGGGCUGAAUGUACACAAGCAGUGCUCCAAGUACGUGCCCAACGACUGCCAGCCAGACCUGAAGAGGAUAAAGCGAGUCUACUGCUGCGACCUCACCACGCUGGUGAAGGCCCACAACACCCAGAGGCCCAUGGUGGUGGAUUCCUGCAUCCGGGAGAUCGAAGCGAGAGGUUUAAAGUCCGAGGGCCUCUACAGAGUUUCAGGCUUCACUGAGCACAUUGAAGAUGUGAAAAUGGCCUUUGAUCGAGAUGGUGACAAGGCUGAUAUUUCUGCCAGUAUUUAUCCAGACAUAAACAUCAUUGCUGGAGCACUGAAGCUAUAUUUCAGAGACUUACCAAUUCCUGUGAUCACCUAUGACACCUAUUCCAAGUUCAUAGAGGCAGCAAAAAUCUGCAAUCCUGAUGAACGACUAGAAGCAAUACAUGAAGUGUUGAUGUUACUCCCUGCUGCUCACUACGAGACACUUAGAUACCUAAUGAUUCAUCUCAAAAAGGUUACCUUGCAUGAAAAGGAGAAUUUUAUGAAUGCUGAAAACCUGGGAAUAGUGUUUGGACCUACUUUAAUGAGACCUCCAGAGGACAGUACCCUUGCUACACUGAAUGACAUGCGGUACCAGAAGUUAAUUGUGCAGAUUUUAAUAGAAAAUGAAGAUGUUCUCUUCUAGUCAGAGAGGCAUAUCUUCAAAGCCAUUUGUUUUAAGAUAAUUAGUCUGAAGUAAAAACAACAUUUCUUUAAAUUUUUUUAAACAGAAAGGAAGAGUUCCUUGACUGCACUUCAAUUUCUGCAAAGUUGCAGAUGGAUGCCAAAAUGUUUAGGGAAAGCCUAUGUCUCAUAGACAUAUGCCUCUUUGUAGAAGGGAAAAAGAAGGUCAGAAAAAAUCCUCUUACCUUGUAUCUUUUGCCUUGCCUCAGAUGUAUAUUUGUUUUGAAAAGUUUCAAACAAUUUUAUUGUUAACUUAUUAAGAAACACAAAACGUAUUUUAAUAUGGCUAGAAAAGCAAAAAGGUACUUAAUCAGUGUUACUUGUAUAUGCCUAUACCUUUCCUUCUUCAUGAGACGUAAUUAUAUAUGUCAAUUGUGAAACAGAACCUAUAUUAUAAAGAUAUUUUUACUUUACCUAGCUGAAAGAAUGGCAUUUUAUUUUAGCAAACUAUACAUCAAUGCGGUGCAUUGAUUAUUUUCACGUAAUUAUUUCCUGCAUUUUUGCUAUGAUAUAUUGAAAACAAUUGCCACUAAUGCAGUAUUAUCCUGACAUACCUCUUCCAUUGCAAGUGUUUUAAAGGAGAAUACAUUUCUUGUGCAUAUUUCAGUUUUCCUUAGAUUUCUUUGCAUUUAGGCACUAGCACCCUAGGAUUGUACACUUCCAGCCAUUUGCUAUUUCCCGAAACAUAUAGUAUAUUCUCUUUUUUUAUUUUUUCUCCCAUGUAAGAUAAGGUCUUGAGAAUUGUUUUCAAAGUCCUGGUGGUAGUAUCAGUUUCACAUGCCAGAUUUUUCUUGGAUUACAGUAAUAUAUAAGUUGCGUGAUGCUGGGACACUGGAUAUUUUCUGGCCUUGUUGAAAGUCAGCACUUUUUUGGGUGAAUGAUGAAGGAUUUGGUUUUUCUGUAAAAAUUGACUUAUGUUUUGUCAUGUUUCUCUAUUUAUAAAUGUACAGUAAAUCUGCUAAAAUUGUAGGUAUUUAUCUUGAAUGUGUUUCCUGAUGGUUUGUUAGAAAAAAAAAAAAAAAAAAGAAAGAAAGAAAGAAAGACAGAACGUGUAGGAUAUGUGGGAGCUGGUAAAUUUAAUUAUUACCAAGUUUUAAUAUUUUUCUCCCCUCACAAACAUUGACCUACAGAGUUCGUAGUCUAACUGCAACUUAUUCCUAAUGUUAAAACUGUUUCUCAGCAUUAAAUGUUUCUGCAAGCGUAGAAAAUCAACAUACUUUACUACCAAACUCAAUUUUCAGUACAAAAAAAAUUCUAAUACUCCCUCAUCUUGAUCAUUUGUAUCAUAUGCUUGGUAACUCAGUGAUGCAGUUUCCUGAAUUAUUUCAGGGAGCACAUGUUUCUAUUCAAAUUGAAAAAUAUGUGUAACUAUGAUAAUGAAGAGAGGUAGAGGGUAUGACUGUAAAUUUGUUGUCUUCUAGAGAAAUAACUAAGGGCUAGAUAGAUUAACCCAGAUUGCAGAGCAGGUGCUAAAUAGUCUGAGUUCCCAAUACUUCCAUAGAUCCUCCUGCCUUGUGCAGGACUAUUUGUUGUAGGUUAUGUACUACUUAAUACUGUCAUAAAAAAUGAUCUGGAAAUGGUUUUAUUUUGUGAAGUGAAAUAUGCUUUGUAAUUUAUGAUAGUGUAAAUGGAAGGAAAAAUCCCAUUAAAUGUGUUAAAAGAG